GCUGCCAGUUGGAUCGCCACCGGAGGGACUGCGAUAAUCUUGGUCUCUUUUGCAGCGUCUCGCCAUUGUCCCGGAGGCUCCUCGGACGAGGGGCAACGCAGGCAGACGCUCACCGUCAACUAUACUCAGGGCCCAUAACGUCGUCUGUCCAGAGCCCGACUGACCUGGUCACCUGGGGCAAUGUCCGUGAGCAAGGCGUCGUCACCGCCGACCACUCGGCGGUCCAUACUGGUCGACUCAUCGCGGCGAAAGUCGGACCGUGCGCACACCGGACCCGACGAGUUCUCUUCCAGCUCUCGUCCACGCGCCCACUCCCUGACGCCUCGGAUGCACAGCGCCUACUGGCGCAAGGCCGGUGCGCGCAGCGCCCUGGGUUGCUGCGUGGUCGUGGCCUCGCUGCUGCUGCUACUCGUCGUGCUGCUGUUCCCGCACAGUCGUAGCGCGCGCCAUCGCUUCCCGUGCUGGUCCCCGCCGUGCCGCGACUUCGUCAGUGCGUUGGCUGCCUCCAUCAACGCAUCGCGGGACCCGUGUCAGGACUUCCACAGCUACGUGUGCGACCGCUGGCGACCCAGCUUCGGAGGUCGCUCCAUGCUCGAAGAUGUGGCCAUUGGCUUCCGCAGGCACGUGGGCGAACGCGCUGCCAGUACUUCACCACCGCGACAGUCGCAGGGAAGUCACGAGAAGGUGGUCAUGCUUUACAAGAGCUGUCUGGCCGAGAGGGCCCGAGGAAUCGGCGAAUUUAAACGAUUCCUGCGCGAACGCCGCUUGCCCUGGCCCAAAGUUGACACGGGCGCAAGCAUUGUCGAAGUGGCUGUGGACCUGUCCGUGAACUGGCAUUUCCCGCUAUUCUUCUACGUAUACAGUUUUUUCUCCACGCCAGGGCCAACGGUGUCGCCGGGCACGAAACACUUGACCGCGCGAGUUGUCUUCACCGAUGGCUUCCUGGGACUGGGUCCGCGCCUUCUGCUGAAAGAACGGGAGCUGCGCAAGAACAACCCCGAGCACAUCUGUCAGCUGCGCGACGCCCUGAGGGAACGUGGCGAUGAGGAAUCCCAGUCGGUCUCCUGCGAGCGGCUCGACGAAUUACAGAGGGAGGUUCUCGGUGACUUGACGGCAACAAGCGGCAACGAGUCGCUGGAAAACACGUCGUGGACUCUGUACGACAACAUCGACAGUUUCGCCGACGAUCUAACGCCGUCCGUUUCCGGUCAUCAGUGGCUCAGGCUGCUCACGAGGCACCAACCCGCCCUGUUAGGCUCGGACAUUGUGCCUCGUGUCGAAGUAUACAACAAGAUGCACAUACGAAUACUUGGCAGUCUUCUCGGCUCGAAGCGGUGGCAGACGGACCUACUUCGCGUGGCGGGUCUCUGCGUGGUCCAAGGCUUGGGUCGUUUCGCCAGCAAUCAGCUCGCCACUCUCAUCUACGGCGACGACAUCGCUCGCGCGAGCCGCCAUCCGGACCUGUGCUACGGACUCGUGGACCAGAUGGUGCCGCGUCUGCUGUCGGCACGCUACGUCGCGCUUCCUGCUCGACAUUAAGCGUAUCACGAA